AGAGCGGCUACGAGUUCUUAUCAACGAUGGUGAAGUUUGACAAGCGGGCUCUUGUAAUCUUAAUCCUUUCCGUACUUGCCUUUUCCAGACCAGCAGAAGCCUGGUACAAGCAAGCAUCUGGCCCAAGCUAUUACUCUGUCGGUCGGGCAUCAGGUUUGCUGUCAGGAAUUCGAAGAUCGCCAUACAGGAGAGCCGAACUGGACCCACGGGAGAGUGGCGAGUCCACCGAAACGAACGCACUACCAGACACACAUUUACCACGCAGCUUCGCUUUGACCAGCAUGCCUCUCUGUGUGAAAGACAUAUCACCAAAUCUGCAAAGCUGCGAACUUCAACAAGACGCUACAGCCACGUUCCGGUGCGAGGCAGCCGUAGUAAUCGCAAUAGAUUCGAGAGACUGUCUGAACACAUGAGGAACCCCUUUCCCAACAGACGUCCAUACCUCCGAAAAGCAACGGGACAAAUUAGCAUGCAUGUUACUUCUGUUCAUCUUGGUUCUGUUGGUCACACUGUCUUUGGUCAAAACUUGCACGGUUCAUGAGUUCAAAACAGGGGGGAAAAUAAAUAAAAUUACUUUCUCAUAUCGUAACAGCUCGAACCGGCUUAUAUAAACAGUACUUCAUCCAAAAAUUAAUCGCAACCAGGGUUGUGAAAAAUAAUAAAUGCGUUUAUAAAGGGCAGUCCCCCCGGUACCCAUUCGUUUGUGAGUGUAAACCUUCACAUACACUAUAGUCUGUGGGAAACGAGUCUCAAACUGUAUUCAAGAAUAAAAUGUAUUGCUGUAAUUCUAUGAAAUAAAACAAAAGAACAAUCUGCAA